AUGGGUAAAGGCGAUGUGAUGACCACGUCCGCGGGCGCUGUGGUGCUCGCGAGCGUCCCCAUGGGGGCGGAUGCCUUCGUCUACAAGGGUGCCGAGACUGCCUUGCUGAGGAGGUCUACGGAGUACUUCGAUGUCUUCUACGGCAUUGACCCCUUGGCCUGGGCGUUCUGCGGCUUCAGCAUCGUGUACUUCGGCGCAGUCUUGAAGAACGCAGCCCAGAAGUACAACAUCUCCCCGGACAAGACGCCACCAAAGGUCGGUGGCUUUGUCGGCAAGGAGGUCGAGAACGGGGAGCCCAGCUACAUGGACCCAUCCAUCAAGCAGGGGUGCAACGGUCGCUGCCCUGAUUGCUUGGAUGUUGCAUUGCGAUCUCUUGCCACAGUUUUUUCACACCAGUCCUGCACAGAAAGCUGGUCACCCUGCAAAGCUUCAAUGGCUCGCCUCGCCGCGCUGUGCAUCCUGGCAGCUGCUGCCUGCUGCCUUCUCCGCUCGUUGGCCUUCGUGUCUGCGCCUGCCGCCCGCAGUGACGCGCUGACCGCGGCCACUGGUGCAGCCGUGCUUGCCAGCAUCCCAGCCGGGGCGGAUGCCUUCGUCUACAAGGGCAUCAUGGGCUGCAAUUGCAAGGAGUACUUCGAUGUUUUCUACGGCAUUGACCCCUUGGCCUGGGCGUUCUGCGGCUUCAGCAUCGUGUACUUCGGUGCAGUCUUGAAGAACGCAGCCCAGAAGUACAACAUCUCCCCGGACAAGACGCCACCAAAGGUCGGUGGCUUUGUCGGCAAGGAGGUGGAGAACGGGGAGCCCAGCUACAUGGCGCUGCUUUUGGAUGUCACGCUUGCAUGCAGCGACGCGCUGACCGCGGCCACUGGUGCAGCCGUGCUUGCCAGCAUCCCAGCCGGGGCGGAUGCCUUCGUCUACAAGGGCAUCAUGGGCUGCAAUUGCAAGGAGUACUUCGAUGUUUUCUACGGCAUUGACCCCUUGGCCUGGGCGUUCUGCGGCUUCAGCAUCGUGUACUUCGGUGCAGUCUUGAAGAACGCAGCCCAGAAGUACAACAUCUCCCCGGACAAGACGCCACCAAAGGUCGGUGGCUUUGUCGGCAAGGAGGUGGAGAACGGGGAGCCCAGCUACAUGGCGCUGCUUUUGGAUGUCACGCUUGCAUGCAGCGACGCGCUGACCGCGGCCACUGGUGCAGCCGUGCUUGCCAGCAUCCCAGCCGGGGCGGAUGCCUUCGUCUACAAGGGCAUCAUGGGCUGCAAUUGCAAGGAGUACUUCGAUGUUUUCUACGGCAUUGACCCCUUGGCCUGGGCGUUCUGCGGCUUCAGCAUCGUGUACUUCGGUGCAGUCUUGAAGAACGCAGCCCAGAAGUACAACAUCUCCCCGGACAAGACGCCACCAAAGGUCGGUGGCUUUGUCGGCAAGGAGGUCGAGAACGGGGAGCCCAGCUACAUGGACCCAUCCAUCAAGCAGGCUUUUUUUGUAGUGCCUCACCUGGCCAGCACAAGAUCUCCCAACAUGGCUCGCCUCACCGCGCUGUGCAUCCUGGCAGCUGCUGCCUGCUGCCUUCUCCGCUCGUUGACCUUCGUGUCCGCGCCUGCCGCCCGUAGCGACGCGCUGACCGCGGCCACUGGUGCAGCCGUGCUUGCCAGCAUCCCAGCCGGGGCGGAUGCCUUCGUCUACAAGGGCAUCAUGGGCUGCAAUUGCAAGGAGUACUUCGAUGUUUUCUACGGCAUUGACCCCUUGGCCUGGGCGUUCUGCGGCUUCAGCAUCGUGUACUUUGGUGCAGUCUUGAAGAACGCAGCCCAGAAGUACAACAUCUCCCCGGACAAGACGCCACCAAAGGUCGGUGGCUUUGUCGGCAAGGAGGUCGAGAACGGGGAGCCCAGCUACAUGGACCCAUCCAUCAAGCAGGGCCCGUACUGA